AUGGACGCGGGGGGCUGCCGCUACCAGUUCCGGAUCGCGCUGCUGGGGGACGCGGCCGUGGGCAAGACGUCGCUGCUGCGGCGCUACGUGGCGGGCGCGCCCGGGACCCCCGAGCCCGAGCCCGAGCCCGAGCCCGAGCCCACCGUGGGCGUCGAGUUCUACAGCCGCGCGCUGCAGCUUCGCGCCGGGCCACGGGUCAAGCUGCAGCUGUGGGACACCGCGGGCCACGAGCGCUUCAGGUGCAUCACCAGGUCGUUCUACCGGAACGUGGUGGGUGUCCUGCUGGUCUUUGACGUGACGAACAGAAAGUCUUUCGAACACAUCCGAGAUUGGCACCAGGAGGUCGUGGCCACGCAGGGUCUGGACAAAGCGAUCUUCCUGCUGGUUGGCCACAAGAGUGACCUGCAGAGCAGGCGCUGUGUCUCAGCCCAGGAAGCCGAGGAGCUGGCCGCCUCCCUGGGCAUGACCUUCCUGGAGACAUCCGCCGCAAAUAAUUACAACGUUGACCUGGCCUUCGACACUCUGGCAGAUGCCAUCCAGCAGGCCCUGCAGCAAGGCCACAUCAAGCUGGAGGAGGACUGGGGUGGGGUCCGGCUCAUGCAACUCCCCAGGCGCCCCUGCAGAGAGCCGCAGCCAGGCCACUGCCAGUGCUGACUCCCAGAGGGUCAGAGCAAUGC